CACACACUUUCAGGGAUACGCAGAUCGGUAGGCAACUCGGUAAGUGUGUAAUGGAUUUCCUAUUACAAGACGACUGUUUUUUCCACUGAGCCAAAGUCCCCCCUCCGGAUCUCUGACCGCACUGUCAGAGGAAGCAUGUCCUCCCCGGCGAGCAGACGGAACAGCUGCCGAGGAGCCGCAGCUGGAAGCAGAGCGGAGAGCCACCCUGGCCGCCGCCGAGCCUCCAGCUGCCCUUACUUCUCCCCCGGAGCGCAGUCCGAAGACUUCCCCGUCAGUCUGAGUCAGCCCAUGUUUGCUAUAACGCUGCGGUUCCUACUGGCAGUGGACCUGUGGCUGUCCAAGCGGCUCGGAGUUUGCGCCUGCGAGGAGUCGCCGUGGGGCAGCAUACGGCCCCUGGUGCGGCUGGUGGAGUUUUCCGGGCAUGUCAUCCCGUGGCUCGUCGGGACCGUGUACUCUCUGCUCCGCGGGGAGAGCGUGGCGGAGCAGGAGCUCAUGCUGAAUUUGACGCUGGCUCUAAUUCUGGACCUGCUGGUGGUCCGAGCCGUGAAGAUGCUGGUGAGACGUCGAACACCUGCCCAGAACCGCUCUGAUAUCUUCUCAGCCUUCUUUGUGGAGCGCUACUCCUUCCCCUCAGGCCACGCCUCUAGGGCUGCCAUGUGCGCCCGCUUCUUCCUCGCCCAGCUGGCAGACACGGCCUCUAUGAGGGUCCUGGUGGUGGGCUGGGCUGUCCUGGUGAGUCUGUCCCGGCUGCUGCUGGCCAGGCAUUAUGUGACGGAUGUCGGCUUUGGUUUGGCCAUGGGAUACUGCCAGUACAGCGUGAUGGAGAGGCUGUGGGUGACUUGGGACUGUCUGCAGGACCAGCUGUUCAUUCAACUGAGAGAGAGCCUGGACAGGGCUUAUGAUGGACUGUGGAUGGUAGAUUGGAAACAUUAGGUCAGAUGUGUGUGUGUGUGUGUGUGGACACAUGUGUGCGUGUGUGUUAGCCUUUGUGUUGAGAAAAUGUGCAGCCUGUUUGUACUUAAACACAAAAAUCCUGCUGAACUUUAGUUAUUUUUCAAAUAAAGUCACAUAUGUGCUGUUCUGGA